UGCACACGCGCGCGCACACACACACAAAGAUAUCUUUAAUAAUUCAAAACAUGGCUACCAUGUGAAAAAUAAAUUAGUCGCAUUACAGUUUGUAAACAAAUUUCUAUUUAGUUUUUGCGGUAGUUUUGUUUCGUGCUAGCAGUCGAAAGUUAUCAGCAGUAAAAAGAAUAUAUUUCUUCAAUGAAAUUUAUAAAAAGUUCAUGUGGCUUUCAGAAGUGAGUCAUUCGUGUUUUUUAACAGCUCCAACUACAAAUUAAUGUCCGUUCAAUGUGAUCUAACGGAUUUCUGGAAAAUAAAAAUAUAUCUAUACAUUAAUAUUCUAUGUGGUUGUGAGAUAUAGCUUCCAAAUGAACACUAAAUAAUGGUAACCUUACUUUAUGAUCUAAGGAAAGUUCUGAGAAAUAAUAAUAAACUAUUUUAAUAGCCGUGCUAUGAAGUAGUUUAUUUAAGAACGAAAAUGAUAACUUGUUAUACAAUUAUAAGUCUCCAUAUAUAUAUGUCUACAAUUAAACAUAUCGACAAGUAAACACUUCUAUAUUCAACAAUUAUUGUAAAAAUUUAUGCUAAAGUGUGUUAAUAACGUGUGUGUAAAUAAUAAAGAAAAUUACUCUUUGUUAAUGUCACGAAUAAAAUGAAAAUCUGCACUUAAGAAUAUAUUUUUCAGCAAAUUUUUUUUUGAAAAAGAUUAUACUAUGUUGAAAUAUUGAAUAAGUCACUUAUGUGAUAAAGAUUAUAUGUAUAAUAUUGUUUGUAAAUUGACCUCAAUGGAUUCUAUUGAAUUUGAUGCAAUUAUCAGACAUCCGAGAACCAUAAUUCAUAUAGAUGUUGAUUGUUUCUAUGCUCAAAUAGAGAUGCUUAGGCAUCCAGAGCUAGAAGGCAAACCAUUGGGGGUGCAACAAAAAAGUAUAGUAGUGACAAGCAACUAUUUAGCACGAGAACAUGGAAUAAAAAAAUGUAUGUCAGUACAGGAAGCUUUACAAUUGUGCCCAGAACUGGUGUUGGUAAACGGUGAAGAUUUAACAAACUAUCGUCACUAUUCUGCUAAAGUACUGGAGAUAUUGCAUCAGUUUACUCCUUUAGUUGAAAGAUUGGGUCUUGAUGACAAUUUUAUGGACGUAACUUCUAUUGUACAAAAAUAUAUGAAUUCUGGAAAUAAUUCCGAGUUAAAUUUAAAUAUUAACAUGGAAUAUGAAAAUCCAGUUGGUAAAGUAUUUGGUCCCUCCGAAGAAGAAUGUCCUUGUGGCUGUCAUGCUCGAUUAAUUAUAGCUUCCAAAAUUGCAGCAGAAAUAAGAGAACGAAUUUAUAAAGACUUGCAUAUUACAUGCAGUGCUGGAAUAGCACAUAAUAAGCUUUUAGCAAAACUGGUGGGAUCAUUGCAUAAACCGAAUCAUCAAACACUAGUAUUCCCAUGCAGUGCACCUAUGUUCUUGUCUACUAUAGGAUCUGUAUCUAAAAUACCAGGUGUUGGGCAAAAGACUGCACAAUUGUUAAUUUCCAACAACAUAAAAACAGUGGAUGAUCUAAGAAAAACACCUUUGGAAACCUUGGAGAUGAAAAUUGGUAUUGACUUAGCACGAAAAUUGAAAGAUAAUGCCGAAGGUAUCGACGAGACCGUUGUUAAACCAACAGGAAAGAGACAGAGUAUAGGUUUAGAAGAUGGCUUCAAGAGUGUUUCUUUGGUAGCUGAAGUAGAAUCAAGACUAGGAGCACUUCUGAGAAGAUUAACAGAAUUAGCUAUGGAGGAUGGUAGAAUUCCCAUUGCUAUGAGAUUAACUGUUAGGAAACAUGAUUUCAAUAAACCAACUUCUGGUAAAAGAGAAACUCGACAAUGCGCUUUACCGAAACACCUAUUGCCUUCUACAAAAUCUGGUGUUUACGAUCAUGCUAAAAUGCUGGCACUAGCAAUGAAGCUAUUUCACCGUACUGUCGAUGUUUCUAAACCAUUCCAUUUAACUCUUUUAGGAGUUGCUUUCACGAAAUUCGAAGAGAGAUCUUCUGGAAAGAAUAGUAUUACAUCUUUCUUGCGAAAACAGGUCGCUGUUCAGUCUGUUCUAGAUAUAAGUUCGGAAGAAGGCGUUUCCGACAUUAAUCUCGGAUCACCAAUGAGCGUAAAUCAAGAUAGCAACGACGGUUCUGCGAUGAGUACCACCUCCUCUCCAGUUUCGAAAUCAAUAGGUGCUAACAACCAGAGUGCGGACGAUGAUGUAUUGAACGAAAUAGAACCUUUACCAAAAAAGACUAGAUUGGAAGUAUGGUUGAGUGGACGUAGAGAAUCUCCGAGCAACGAAAUGGCUGAUCUUCGACUCAGUCCUUCAUCACCAAUGCAAUUAUCUCCGAAAAUUGAUGCGGCAGUUCUUAAAUCUUUACCCAUCGAUAUACAAAGAGAAGUGACCCGUUCCUGGCCGACGACUAGUAAACCAAAACCCAAUAAUAUACUUAAAUACUUCAUAGCCAAUAAGUGACGGAGCUCUAUGGCCUAGAAUAUAAUAUAGCCAUCAUUAUGUACACACUUACACACCUACAAUAUUGGAUGGCAGCACCAUGUGAUACUAUGAAUUUAAGUUACUAAAUAUUUUAAAUCAAUUUACGAUUUUGGGUAUUAACUUUCUGUAUACACAUAUUUUCUAGAACAUUUACAUUAAAUGAAUGUUGAUAUAAAGUAA